CCAUUCGCGUGGUUCCUUAUGGAGACGGCCGCUGGCCGCCGGCCCGCCGCCCUCAACUGCUAGGUGGGCAAGAAAAAAGGGUGUGGUAGCCUACGUCCGGCGGGGUGAUUUCACCGGGGUGCCCGUGCUUGGCCGGCGGCGUGCGCACCUAUGGACGCUGAGGGGAUGGACUUUCUGCUUGAUGCGGUCGACAGGUUCCCCGUUCGGGAGGAAUUUGCUGAUAAUCUUGACCAGCCAGAUCCGGUUCCCCUCCUGUACUUGUUACAUAAUGGGGCUGGGGAUCAUGAUGCUGGUGCGGCGAACAGUGGGUCAGGAGUGGCUCACGUGGCCGGCGAAGAUGGCUCGCCCAUGGCGCAAGGGGAUGCCCGGCGGCGCCGAUAUGCAUCUCCAACGAGGUCUGCUCAGUCAACCGACUGGGUGAAUCCAGACUCCAGAGGCCCCGGCUGGAUUAAAAGGUUGCGUCUGGGUAGUGCACCACCGGACCGCACGGCAUGCCCAUCCAGGAUGAGCGCUCUGGAGCUGACAAUCCACAAAUAUGUAGAGCAACCUGAUAAGAGUGUGAUGCGGCCCGGACUAGGGCUCAGUUUCGACUCGUUGGGAGAUCGACUUUGGGAUAAGAUAUGGGAAAAGCAGGCUAAAUGCUGAAAGGACAAAAAUCAUGCAGGAGAUCGUUUGUGGUUGCUCGGGCAAACCAGAGGCAGAAAAUAGUAGGUCAUGCAGAUGCAAGUGUCCAGCUCUGAUCAGGCUGCUGCGAGCGUCCGACAACAGUUGGUACAUCACAGAGCACCGGGAAAAUCACAAUCAUUCAAUGUCGGUCACCAUGGGUGAGAAAGUGCACUGGUCAUCCCAUAAACACAUAGAUGUGUAUACAAAGGAUUUGAUUAGGCAGCUAAGGAAAAACAAUGUCAACCUGGGGAAAAGUCUACGGCAUAAUUGGAAGUUUUUUCAGGUCUGUAGUGAAGGUGCCAUUCACAAAGAGGACUCUCAGGAAUAUAUGUGGGAAGAUUAGCUGCGAACAAGUUGAUGAUGAUGUCCGGAAGACGCUUGAGCACUACAAGAAAUAUGUCAACUAGUGACCUUCUGUCAGUGACCCUGGAAGAAUUGGUCAUAGAUCUAUGACCAUUUGAGACCAAUUGGUCAAAAGCUGU